GAGAGGAGAACCGGUGCUCUCUUUGCUCCACAGAUCCCCACUUCAAAGCACCCUUUUGCUGUGUGAUGGCAGAGCGAUUUGUUUGGAAUUAACGCAGUUUCCUCUCUCUUCAAAGUGUAUGCUACAGGUAUGAUUUACGACGCGAAUCUAUAAAUAUGAGAGGAACCGCGCGACCAGCAUCCUCGCAUUUUUUACAUCUGGACCGUAUAAGAUGAUUUGAACAUGGACAUGUACACUGAAGUUAAUCGAUUUUCACUCGGUGCUGCUAGGAGAAUCAUUUGACAAGUGCGCUGUAUCCUCACCGGGCUAUGAUUCAAUUUGGGAAUAUCUGACAUGGCAAGGACAACAUCCAUCCUCACAGAAAUCAUGCUUUUCAACAUGAUGGUAUUAAUUCUCCUCCAAGCUGUGUUGUCAUCCCACGCCUCCCUCACAUCCGAGGUCAUCCCCGGGUCUCUGCCAGCCUCCAACAGUGCGUUUGGCUCCGGGAGGUCUUCAGGUUCACCGCUGUCUGAAACAGCGGAGGCAAAGUCGAGACCUAAGCGCUGUACCUGCUAUUCUUACAAGGAUAAAGAGUGCGUCUACUACUGCCAUUUGGAUAUAAUCUGGAUCAACACUCCCCAACGCACUGUGCCCUAUGGAAUGUCGAGCUACAGAGGAUCUCAGCGAGUCAGACGGGCUGUCACUGGACAAGCAACUGAGCGUGAGGGGGCAAAGACUCAGCGCUGCAUUUGUGCUGUGCUUGAUGCAGACCCUGAGUGCCAAGAUUUCUGCCUUCCAAGCCGCAUGCAGACAGUGCCCGCCAAGAGUCUCCACAGAGUCCCUGGUGUCGGAUGACAGCAUGAGGCCUCUCCAUCGUCAUUCUUCUUCUUGGAGGAAUGGACCCUUCCCUUAUCUUCGCACCCUUCACUCUCCAUUUUCCACUCUUGCCUCCACAGGUUAACACUUAAGGAAAACACUUUGGAGUUUAACAAUGCAGACAUUCCUAAGCAUCACAACUCUUGGAGCAAGUUCCAUCAGGUUAAAGUGGUUUCAACUCUUCAGCAUAUUCAAUACUGGUCCCUCGAGGCGAUCCCCUCUUUGUUACCUACUGAGAGCAGAAGGAUAAUUGCUUUCACUCUGAUAUAAUAGCCAAUGACCUUGCUUCUGUCAAGCUUGAUAAGACAAAACCUUUGUUUCCAUACCUGUUAGUGUUGAGGACUACAAUUGACUCUUUCUCUUUCAACAGAAUGAGAUAAGCUUGUAUCAACCUAUAAGGGGACAACAAAGACAUCUCUACAACAAUGUUGGUAGACAAUAGUGUCACAAGGAACGUCGUUGGACAAGUAGGGGCAUUACAUGAUGUUGUGAUUUCUUAUCCUUUGAAAUAUUUAAAAAAAAGAGGAAAUAAGAGGAGCGCUUUUGGCCAGCCCCAGCUACGGGGCAUAUUACUGAGCUUGAUUUAUGGAACUAUCUGCAGUCAGUCUGGAAAGCAUUCACACCCUGAUAGUUUGCAUACUUUGCUCUCAACACAUCUUUCAACAAUAAUAUAUCAUUUGUGCUCUUCACAACUGAACUGUCAGACAUAUUCACUGUGCUUUACCUUACUACCACUGGUGUACUGUGUAUAAACUGUUUUAGCUUAAGCUGUAGUGUCCUUUACAGUAUAUUCAACCGUUCAUUAUUGAAUCCAGCCCAAAGGAGUCCAAAAACCUUUUGUUCCGAUUUAACGAAUCACAAGACAGGGAGACAUAUCCUUUAGCUGUUGCAUGAAGUGGUGGAUUACUUGUAUGUUAAAGAGUAAUAGACACUACUCUGUUCUUCUCAAACUGUUUACAGACUAAACCAGCAAUUAAUUGGUUGUAAUAAUAAGGAUUGCCUGUGUAAUCAAGACCUGAUAUAUCUGAAUUGUCUGUGCAUAUUAAGCUAUAAAAUGCAAUAAUUCUUUGCACUUUUUGACCCGUUCCAACAUCACAAUGAACAGUAUAUUAAGUAUAUUAAGGAAAAGGUUCUGAAAUUAUUAAAAGUAUAAUUAUUCAAGGCCCCCAUCCUCGACUGUUAUACUGGAAUAUAUCUUAUUAUUAGAUAACUAUUAUUCAUGCAUUGAUGUAAAAGCAGUAUUUUACUGUUUUAGUUGGUUGAGGUAGAUCACAUUCUUUUUAACUAUUUAUAGGACUGCAACUAAUGAUUAUUUACAUUAUGGAUUAAUCUGCAGAUUAUUUUCAUGAAUAAUCGACUUGUUUCAGAUGUACUUGUAUAUACUGUUGGGUAGAUUAAUUUAUAACAGAACCUCUUUUAUAAGCUCUUCCUAUGUUUUUUAUGCAAAAUGGGGAUUAUAAUAAUAUAUACUACUGUAUAAUUCAAAGGUAAUUCUUUGGCUAAAAAAUAAAUGGCAACAAAUGUCAAUUUAUACAAUAGUGAAACAUGAGCAAAAUGACUGCCAACACUUAAUUCCAUUUCAAUUUCAUAGCCCUUCCCAGCCACAUAACAUAACAGUAGAGUGGUUGCAAUAAGCGAAUAUAACAAUUAUAAAAUUAACUUUAUAGCACAAUUAAACAUCACCAAACAUUACCAGCAGAUAGCAUGAUCAUAUAUAAACAAUAUACAGUAGCUGCAGUCCACACACGCACAUAUUAAAGCAAAGACAACACUGCACACUUUUCCAAACCAUCAAACAACCAAAGAAGAAUGAGGCAUUUCAGGGAUAAUUUUAAACAAAGAGCAGAAAGUCUUCACAUACCUCACUAAAGGUAAAAGUUCCUCAUUGAACGCACAGGUCACGGCUGGAGGACCCACCAUUUUAGUAUUUAGAAUGUUAGCCAGGCUGUGGUGCGUUUGAUUUUGGUCAUAGGUGGUGCAUGUAAUAAUGAAUUGAAGUGGUUAUGAAGUAGAUUUUUAUAUAAAUAAAUAUCUGUGGUAAAUAAUCUAUCAACGAAUGAGAUAACACAAUGAUGAAAUUAUUACAUUUUUUUAAUAUAUUUGCAAUGAUAUAAACUGUAGCAACAUUCUGCUAAUGCAAAGCGAAACAUUUCCUACUGCUGCAGCUUCACAUUAAAAUAUUUUUACUGGCUAAA